UCACUAAAGGAAAUGAGGAGGAGAAAUUUCACCUCAGUGACUGAGUUCAUUCUCCUUGGACUCACCAGUCACCUGGAACUGCAGAUUGUCCUCUUCCCGCUGUUUCUGGCCAUUUACAUGGUCACAGUCGCAGGGAAUGUUGGCAUGAUUGUCCUCAUCCAGGUCAAUGCCCGGCUCCACAAACCCAUGUACUUUUUCCUGAGCCACUUGUCCUUUGUGGAUCUGUGCUUCUCUUCCAAUGUGACUCCCCAAAUGCUGGAGAUCUUGUCGGAGAAGGAAUUCAUUUCCUAUUCUGCUUGUCUGGUGCAGUGUUACUUCUUUAUCGCCUUGGUCCACGUGGAGAUGUACAUCCUGGCUGUGAUGGCCUUUGAUCGGUACAUGGCCAUCUGCAACCCUCUGCUGUAUGGCAGCAAGAUGUCUAAGAGUGUGUGCACCACCCUCAUCAUGGGCUCUUACAUGUAUGGGGCACUCACGGGCCUCAUGGAGACCAUGUGGACCUACAACCUCUCCUUCUGUGGCCCCAAUGAAAUUAACCACUUCUACUGUGCUGACCCACCACUAAUUAAGCUGGCCUGUUCUGACACUUCCAACAAGUAGCUGUCAAUGUUUGUUGUGGCUGGAUGUAACCUUUCCUUUUUUCUGCUCAUCAUCUUGAUUUCUUAUGUUUAUAUUUUUCCUACUAUGCUGAGGAUUUGUUCCACAGAAGCCAGGCACAAAGCUUUCUCUACCUGUGGCUCCCAUCUCACAGCUGUCACCAUAUUCUAUGUGACCCUUUUCUUCAUAUGUCUCAGAUGUCCCUCAAAGGAAUCUGUGGAACAAAGUAAAAUGGUAGCUGUAUUUUAUACAACGGUCAUCCCCAUGUUGAACCCUAUGAUUUAUAGCCUUAGGAAUAAGGAUGUGAAAGAAGCAUUGACCAAAGAGUUGUUAAUAAAACAAAGAUUUUCUUAG